AUGAAAACAAGGGCUUUUAAGAAGGCUUAAUUUUCAGGGCAACAGUUUCUUGUCAUGCUUAGAGGGGAUUUUGGAUGAAUCUCUUCUACAUGCUUGUUCUGCUUUACUAUUUUGCCCCUCUAAUAUCAAAAUAGCAGUCAUAACAGUUUCUCUGAAGGGCAGGAUGAAGAGAUACCCAUUUCUCAGAUCUUGGAACGUGGAUUCACUAGAAAGUGAACCUCCUUUGGGGAACUCUCUGCUUUGUUUGCACUUGGUUAUCACUGGGCGCCUUGCAGGUUCUGGUUUUUAAACUGACUCCUGUGUUCUUGUUUUUAAAUACACAAAGGAAAAAAAGGCUUGGGAAGAGAGGGGUGGGGUUGCCUGUGCAUUACACGUCAGGUUUUGCACAGCAACACCACAAAAUAAGUGUCUAUGCUUUGUGAGUUUUAUCUAAAUAAAAUGUAUUUGUAUUUGCUGCUGAGACUGACAGUUCAUCCCUCAGGCAUCUGUAUCAACUAGUCUAGUGCAAAUACACCAGUGUUUGUUUAAAGCCAUUUGUGUCUGUUCUUUCCUGGUCUCACUCCUGUUAAUUCCUGAAGGCUUGGAAGUGGUGGAGUCACCGUCCCUGAAACUGUUCAAAAACGUGAAUGUGGCCCUUGAGGAUAUGGUUUAGUGGUGCUGGGUUCAUGGCUGGACUUCAAUGAUCUCAAAGCUCUUUUCUAACCUUAGCAGUUCCGCAAGAAAGGCAGCGUUUGUAUCACUCCAAACCCAUGGGUGAUGCUCCCACCCUGGUAUACAGACAUGGCAACUGAAGAGCUGAGCUUCCAAAUUAAAAUAAAAACAAUCACAGAGCUUUAAAGCAACUCCUCACCCUGGAAAAAAGGCAGCAAGGAGGUAAUUCCACUCAUCCUCAGGGUCUUGCUGUAACGUUUACCUCAGACACUCCUGGUUGUGUCCUACACAAGACAAAGCAGGGCUUUUUGGAGGUUUGCACAGUGCUGUGCGAGGAGCUACUCAAGGACAGUUUGUUAAGAGGGUCGUCCCUGCAGCAGCACCCAGGGAGAUGAAAGGUUGUGUGAGCCUCAGGUGCUGUGGGCUGCGGCCCUGGACACAUCCAGGAAAUCGCUGCAGCAAUUCCAGGAAUGUGAAGCUGAAGUAGGGCCCAAGAUAAGACUGCACACAGCACAGCUUUUAUCUGCCUCAAGGCUAGCCUUCUCCAGCUCCUUGGCUAUACUGGAAGCAGUUCACCGCCAGGGUUCCAGCCUUAAGAGCGUUUCUAUCUCUUUGUCCUUCUCCAAAUCUUUAGCUAAUCAUCCUUUAGGCGGACUCGUUCCCUUCCUGCCUCCUGGCCCUUCUCCCCCACCAGCCUUCUCUACAGCAGGCUCUGCUGUCCAGCUGCCAGCUCCUCGAUCCGGGCAGGCAGGUCUGCACUGCUCAGCUCCUUUCGCUUUCGUUUCUCCCUGCGCCACCAGCCCGGGGUCAGUCCAGCCCAGCCCAGCCCAGCCCAGCCUGGAUUGAUCUGGCACUCCUCGACACGGCACCAUCUCGGCUCAGCUGGGCUCAAGCAUGCCGCAGUUCAGCAUGGCAGAGGCCAGGCUUUGGGGACAUCAGUUUGUGCAGUUCCUGCAGGACACGGGCCGGGAGCAGGUGAGCCUGCGGGAAACGCUGCGGACCAUCUACAACCAGGAGUUCCGGGGCAGGACUGAGGCAAAGACACCCGGCUUUUCCUGCAUCUUGUACGCACUGAAGGCAGCCCAUCAGGUUCAGGUGCGAGGGGAGGUGGUGAAGUUCAAGGUGAAGAGGUGUGUGGUGGUGGCAGACCAGUACCGGAGACCCAGAGUGAAUGCACGGACAUCCAUGUCCAAGUCUGCCUCAGGACAGCAGCUCAGCUCCACUCCACAAACGCCCCCGAUCUAUGGCAAGCAGUGGGCUGAGCUCAUUCGUGGGAAGCACGGGGUGGAGAUCGCCUCAGACUGUGACCAGGGCAAUGGGAAUAUUCGCUUCCCAGUGGUGCCGGGUGAGCCCCGGACAGUCACUGUCCUGGUGCACAACCGUGGGACGGAGGUGGUGACACUGCAGCGCUUCCAGUCACGCCAGCAGUCCCAGGAGCUCUCCUUCACCGACGAGCAAGGGGCAGUGCAGGGCCAGUCCCUGCUGUUACACCCAGGUGCCACAUACCCCAUCCAGGUGCGGUGCCUCACCACCUGCAAUGGGCACUUCAACGCUGUGGUGUUCUUCGAGUUCACCAAGGAGCCAGACCAGCCCUUCAGCAUCUCACGUUACAUUGCUGCCAUCGCCGAGAGCCAGCUAGCCAAGGAGCUGGGACCCUCGGCACCUUUCCAGCCUUACGAGGCCAGCCUCCAGCGCUUUGUCACAGUCAUCACUGAGGAUGGCAUCCCCCCUGACAGCUCCCUGAAAAACAAACUGGAGAGGGAAAUCCCUCUGGGUACCUACCAGUACCCAAAGAGCCUCAAGGACACGAUUCUGCUUGGACCCAACACCAGUGCCAGCUCCAGCUGGGCUGCCAUGCGCUUGCUGCUGGAAGCACCUCUGCAGGCUGACAACUACCAACAGAAAUUCCAGCUGCUGCUGCACCUGGAGGAGAUCCAGAUGGAGGUGGACAUCCGGCGCUACGACAUGCAGGAUGUGACCAUGGUGCAGGAGAGGGCUCUGCUGGUUCUCAAUGUGCCUGGCGUGGCUGAGAACCGCCCAUCCCUGCUGAGAGGGGACCACCUCUUUGCCCACCUGAGCAGCGAGCGGGACCACUCCCCACUCGUCCAGUACAAGGGCUACGUGCACAGCGUGGAACUGGAGAAGGUCAGGCUGGGCUUCUCCUCCAAGCUGCAGAAGAAGUUUGUGAACAACCUGAAGUUCGAUGUGACCUUCACCUUCAACCGGCUGCCACUGCAGGUCCAGCAUCGGGCUGCAGUCCUGGCCGUGCGCCGUGGCUUGUUCAGCCUCCUCUUCCCCUCUGCCUCCUGCCACAAGUCCCUCUUCCCAGGCCCCUUCCAGCCCCGGUGGUUUAACCGCAAGCUGGAGACCAACGAGGAGCAGUGCAAAGCCGUGAGCCACAUUGUGACAGGGAUGUCCCGGCCAGCCCCGUACCUGAUCUUUGGCCCCCCUGGCACUGGCAAGACGGUCACUAUGGUAGAGGCCAUCAAGCAGGUGUGGACUUGCUUCAAGGAUGCCCGUAUCUUGGCCUGUGCCCCCUCCAACAGUGCCACAGACCUGCUGUGCCAGUGCCUCAUCAAGGACAUUGCCCCUGAGAAUGUCUACAGGCUCAUCGCCAGCUCCAGGAGCCCCAGGGAAGUACCCACCGAUAUCAUGCCCUGCUGCAACUGGGAUGAUGAGCAGAGCAGCUACGUGUACCCAAGCAAGGAGAGCCUGAGGCAGUACCGGAUUAUCAUCACCACACUGGUGACAGCAGGAAGGCUGGUGUCAGCCAACUUCCCCCCUGGGUUUUUCUCCCACGUCUUCAUUGAUGAGUGUGGCCACGCGGUAGAGCCGGAGAGCCUGGUUGCCAUUGCGGGACUCCUGGCUCCCAUGGACCAGGAGACCAACCCCAAUGGGGGGCAGCUGGUGCUGGCAGGAGACCCCCAGCAGCUGGGCCCUGUCCUGACCUCACCACUGGCUAUCCAGCAUGGUUUGGGCACCUCACUGCUGGAGAGGCUGAUGCUGCACAAUCCCCUGUACAAGAAGUCGAGUGGAGGAUACAAUCCACAGUUCAUCACUAAGCUGCUCUGGAACUACAGGUCCCACGAGGCCAUUCUCAGGAUCCCAAAUGAGCUCUUCUACGAGAACGAGCUGAAGGUGUGCAAGAGCGACAGGCUUGACGUCCAGAAUCUGUUUUGUACCUGGGAGGAGCUUCCCAAAAAAGGCUUCCCAAUCAUCUUCCAUGGGGUUUGCGGGGAAGACCAGAGAGAGGCCAAAAGCCCCUCAUUCUUCAACACGGCUGAAAUUGAGGUCCUGGUCCACUACCUCAAGAAGCUGCUGCAGAGCCAGGGCAAGGGAAGCUGCCCCUCCGUGUCCCCCAAGGAGAUCGGCAUCAUUUCUCCCUACAGGAAGCAGGUAGAGAAGAUCCGGAAAGCCAUCACAUCCCUGGAUCCCGAUCUGCAGAAGCUGCCGGACAUCAGGCAACUGAAGGUGGGCUCUGUGGAAGAGUUCCAGGGCCAGGAGCGGCACGUGAUCCUCAUCUCCACCGUGCGCAGCUGCAGCACGUACCUCCAGUUCGACCAGACCUUCAGGCUGGGCUUCCUCAAGAACCCCAAGAGGCUUAAUGUGGCCAUCACCAGGGCCAAGGCUCUGCUGAUCGUGGUGGGUAAUCCGGUCGUUCUCAGCAAGGACCCCCACUGGCACAGGUUCCUCAGGUACUGCAAGGACGAGGGAGCCUACACAGGAUACCCCUACGAGCCUGAGAGCACAGCUGAGGACACAAUCGCCGACAACCUCCACAUGCUGCAGCUCAGUGCUUAGUGCAGUCAGGGGCCAGCUCUGCCAUGAGGUUUCUCUGCAGAAAACGCACCGGUGAAGGGAAGAGAAGCCCCAAGAAGCUCCAUCCCCCUCAGCCUGUCCCUGGCCUGCAGCACCUCCUGCUCUUUCUGUCUCAGUCUCAGGGUGCUCCAUGCGCCCCUGAGGAGAUGGGACUGAAUCCUCCGGACCAGAAGGUGUUGCCAGGCUUUGCUGCCAGCCACGAAGCCCACACCAGCAUCAGACUGGGACAAGUCUCCAUUUUAAUCAUGUUUGUGGCAGAGCAAUUCUCUGUGGCUAGUCUCACCAUUCAGUGAAAGGCUUAAGCCUGGAGACUCUGGCCUCCAAAGAGCAUCACUGGGUACACAGCUGCUGUGAUGGGUGACUGGGGAAGGCCUGGCCUGGGAUGGGCUGGCUCAGCUCUCCACUGGGCCUGGCCUUAGGCUGUGCAGGCACUCUAUUUCCCUGGAAUAAAUGUUUAGAGAAAAACAGA